AUGGUUCUUUCUGUCAAUAUGAAAGCGUACAUGGUCUUAUCUGACAAAAAUUCCCAGUCUGACGUGCACGAAUUGCAUAGUGCUGACAGGAGAUGUAACUGGUUGGAUCAUGCUUGGAUGAUGCAUUCAUUCGAUAAUAAUCUCAAGGAAAGCUUGCAUCAACAAAACUGGAGUAAAUAUUUUCAAGCAUUGUUUUGGGGGAAGUUGUUCCAUGUCAUUUUCUUGAUCACCUCAAUGGAGGUCCCACUGAAAAGGAACAUCAUAUUUUUUGAUCAGCUCAAUGGAGGAGCCAUGAUACCUGCUGUGAAGCUCUCUCCGGCCGCCUUCUCUGUCACCAAUCAACGGUCUAAAUCAGCUUUGGUUCCGUCGGUGUCCAUUCUCAACAUGAAACAAAUUGCCUCCUGCUCCCUUAGACCACUCUACCUCACACGGCUAGAUGACCCACACACUUCCGAGCUGAAGCCUCGGAGGCAGCUGCUUGACUUCAGGUGUGCAGCUUCAGCGGCUGAUGACAAGGAGUCGAAGGCUGAGGUGGUGCCAGCCAGCUCAGAAGCAGCACAAAAGUUGAAGAUCUCAAUCUAUUUUGCGACUUGGUGGGCGCUUAAUGUGAUCUUUAACAUCUAUAACAAGAAGGUUCUCAAUGCUUUCCCGUAUCCCUGGCUCACCUCCACACUAUCCCUCGCCUGUGGCUCAGCGAUGAUGCUCUUCUCAUGGGUCACCUGCCUAGUUGAGGCCCCCAAGACUGACUUAGAUUUCUGGAAAGCACUCUUCCCGGUUGCUGUGGCUCAUACAAUUGGACAUGUUGCUGCCACAGUGAGCAUGUCAAAGGUGGCAGUGUCAUUCACACACAUUAUCAAGAGUGCUGAGCCUGCAUUCAGUGUUUUGGUGUCAAGGUUCAUUCUCGGAGAGUCAUUUCCGAUGCCUGUAUAUCUUUCUCUUCUCCCGAUCAUUGGUGGUUGUGGUCUAGCUGCUGCGACAGAGCUGAACUUUAAUAUGGUUGGAUUUAUGGGUGCCAUGAUAUCGAACCUUGCAUUUGUUUUCCGCAACAUCUUCUCGAAGCGGGGCAUGAAAGGGAAGUCUGUCAGUGGCAUGAAUUACUACGCUUGCCUUUCAAUUAUGUCCCUGAUCAUACUCGCACCAUUUGCUAUUGCUAUGGAAGGCCCCCAAAUGUGGGCCGCUGGAUGGCAAAAGGCUCUUGCAGAUGUUGGCCCCAACGUUCUCUGGUGGAUUGGUGCACAGAGCGUUUUCUACCACCUGUAUAACCAGGUGUCCUACAUGUCUUUGGACCAGAUUUCUCCAUUGACGUUUAGCAUUGGCAAUACAAUGAAGCGCAUAUCAGUUAUUGUUUCGUCAAUCAUUAUCUUCCGUACACCUGUCCGCCCUGUAAAUGCACUAGGAGCUGCCAUUGCCAUCUUUGGCACAUUCCUGUACUCUCAGGCAAAGCAGUGA